AUGGUCACAUUAGCUGUUUUGAGUCGAGCAAUUGCGCAGAGUGCCACCAGAUACUACGGUCACUGUUUCAGGCUCCUUCACCAGAGCUCGCGUCCUUACUCGUCCUUUAGGGCGAACGAAUCUCGCACCGUCCGGAUCCCCUGCCAUAGCAAUGGCAAUAUCGAUCUGAAUAUCUACGACCCUCCAUCCACCAGUCAACGAGAGGAUGUACUACCCCGUGUCUUGUUACACCUUCCGGCCGGACCUUUGCUGCGCCGCGAAGCGGUCGAUGACAACACAGCCUUGUUACAGAUAGCAGCCGAGCUCUCAUGUCAGGUAGUCAAGAUCAACUAUCGGCUGAGCUCGGAGCACACGUAUCCGGGUCCCAUACAUGAUAUUCUGGCGGCCUACGAUUGGGUCGAGCAGAAUCUCUUGGCAAAGCGCUCGAUCUCACGCCUCGGUCGAUCAGAUGUUCUGGGACGCGUUGCUGUCCAAGGUGAGCUUAUUGGAGGCGGGCUGGCUGCUAUGCUAGCCAUGACCGAAUGCCAGAAAGGCCAGCCCGGGAUCAUUGCUGCAGUUCUACAUAAUCCAGUCGUGGACUGGGUUGACCUUGAUAAAGACUUAUCGCCUAGACGUGCUCGCAAGAAGGCCGACAGUAGUGGCACGAGGGGUGAUCUCACUGCUGAGCUCAUCUCCUUACGGAACCAUGCCUUCCAGAAGCCUGAGCAUUACUUCGAUCCUUUCGCCUCACCCAUGCUAUUUCUGCGGUCUUCUGGUGUCGAAGUACCAUCCCCUAUCCACCAGGUAGCACCGCUCAGUGAUAUGGCUCAGUUGGCCAUGCAUACUCGUGAAGUGUCAGAAGACAUCAUCCUGGCUGUUACUGAGCAAGCAUCACAGUCACCUGGAGAGGUAUUGUUUGCAAAGCCUCACAGAAGAGCUGCCAAGCGCUAUCCAGGUCCGGCUUUGGGACUGAAGUUGCCACCAUUCUACAUCACUGCAAAGUCAGGAUCGCCUCUAUAUACUCAGAUACAAGAGUUCGUUCAACGACUCAGACAAAGCCAUGCACGCCAACUGCGAGGUGCAGACUUCGGACGCAAAGUCUUGACUGACGGCGAGGUCGACGGACUGAGUGAAGUUGACAGACAAGAGUAUGAAGACAUCGAUGCUGAAGCUCGUGGUAUGGUUGGAUUCAUGGCCACGCACAACGCCUUCCCAGCAAGGGCCACUGAUCCGAGUGCACUUGCAUGGCUCCGCAGCACCCUACAGUGA